AUGAGUGUUAAACAAGCCUGCAUCUUUCUCAAAGGAGCACCGAGGAGAACAAGAGCUUUGACGCAAGACGAGAUAGAAGAGUUGCGUGAAGCUUUUGUGGAGUUUGACAAAGACAAGGACGGUUUCAUCAGCUGUAAAGACCUGGGUAACCUGAUGAGAACCAUGGGUUACAUGCCCACGGAAAUGGAGCUGAUAGAACUGAGCCAGAACAUCAACAUGAAUUUGGGGGGACGGGUGGACUUCGACGAUUUUGUGGAACUAAUGACCCCAAAGCUUCUGGCUGAAACUGCCGGGAUGAUUGGGUUAAAGGAACUGAAAGAGGCCUUCAGAGAGUUCGAUAUGGAUGGUGACGGCAGCAUCACGUCCGAGGAGCUGAGACAUGCAAUGGUGAAGCUACUAGGCGAACAGACCAGCAAGAAUGAAAUUGACGCUGUGGUCAGAGAAGCUGACAACAACGGCGAUGGAACAGUUGACUUUGAAGAGUUUGUGAAAAUGAUGUCGCAGAAAUGAGGUCGACACACGGAGUGGGAAUGAAGAGGAUCCAUUUUUAUUGAAUUGUUGUUCAUUUUCCUGUGUUUUUA